CGGAACUUGCAUUUCAAAAACACAUUUGCGCAAUUGGGCCAUCCGGGAAUUGUUAUAAAAGGAGGACGUUGUCCCGUCCUUUUUCUCCCAUCAUCAGUUUGUUUGCAAGUAGUUUCUUGUUAUUGAGCCUUACACGUAAGUCUUAUCGGUAUCAACUUUAACAACUCGUCAACACUUUCAAAAAAACAAGCAACCUUCUUUCAAAAACCUUCAUCUCUCCACACCACCACAAUGCCCACCUACAAACCCGUCAAACAAACCGUAGUCUCAACAGCGCAACCCGAAGGCGCAGGUGCAACCGUUCGAAGAAGUAUAGGCACCCACUCACUCCGAAACCUCGAUCCAUUCCUCAUGCUCGAUGAGUUUACUGUUCUUCAACCUGCUGGAUUCCCGGAUCACCCCCACAGAGGAUUCGAAACUGUUACCUACAUGCUGAACGGCGCGAUGCAGCAUGAGGAUUUCGCUGGACACAAGGGGAUUAUUCGUCCAGGGGAUUUACAGUGGAUGACUGCUGGACGGGGGAUCAUGCAUGCUGAAAUGCCUGCAUCGGAUGAACCUGCCCAUGGUCUCCAAUUAUGGGUGAACCUCCCUAAAAAGGACAAGAUGGUUAAACCUCGGUACCAAGAACUCCUCGACAAGAAUGUUCCGAGGGCUCAGUCGCCUGAUGGGGGUGUAUCGGUUAAAGUCAUUGCGGGCGAGAGUUAUGGAGUCAAGGCCGCGGUCUUGACCUACACUCCAAUCAUUUACCUGGAUGUGAAAAUGGAACCUGGUAAAAUCUUUGAACAAUCUAUUCCGGAAAAUUGGACGGCUUUCAUGUAUACCCUCGAUGGAACGGUUGUGGUCGGGAGUAGUGCAACAAAGGUGGAUCCGCAUACCACUGUUGUGUUGGGAGAGGAUGGGGACACCUUGAAAGUAGAGUCGGCUGACAAGGCCCAUUUUGUCGUCAUUGCGGGACAAAAGAUCAACGAGCCGAUCGCACAACAUGGGCCGUUUGUCUUGAAUGAUCGCAGUGAGAUUAUGCAGGCGUUUAUGGAUUACGAGAUGGGUCGAAAUGGGUUUGAGGGCGCUGCAGAGUGGGCCAGCAAGAUUGGAGGUCGUGGUGGAAGAUAAUCAAUUGUAGAGCAUCUUUUUAAAACUAGUUUUUAUCAUGUGUGUGUAUGAUGAUUUGUAGGAUACAACUAUUUUGUUUUUUUUGAUUUGCAAGUUUAAAAUAUAAAAAGAAAAAUGCCAAAGGCAACUUGAAUUCUCG